AUGUCGAAGAAGACUGGAAAGCAAGCCCCUACAAGUGACGAGCUCCUUGCUCAGUUCGAUGACCUUGGUGUCGAUGAUGUAGCCACUCAUGUUGUUGGAGGUCCACAGGGGAAGUCGGAGCAAGAUCUAUUAGCCGAGCUGCAGGACCUUGCCUCUCAGAAACCUCCAACUUCUCGAACCUCAUUCACAGCAAACAGAUCCCCCAAACGAACUUCCACUGCAACUCCACCCCCGGACAGGCUCAGCGAAGAUAAAAUGGCGGCACCCAGAAAGUCUGGAGAUAGCUCUAGAGCUUACCAUACAAGCUUGACUCCUGCGGAAACAACUUCAUCCGAGGCUGAAUAUACUCCUACCUCUGAGGAACCGACCAAGAGCGGAGGGGGAGGCGGUGGCUGGUGGGGUGGGUUGUUUGCUACUGCCUCAGCUGCUGUGAAGCAAGCAGAGGCCGCCGUGAAGGAGAUUAAACAGAACGAGGAAGCUCUGAAAUGGGCAGAUCAGGUCAGAGACAACGUUGGAGUACUUCGAGGUCUUGGCGGCGAACUUCGAACUCUAGCAAUUCCAACUUUUACGUCUUUCCUUCAUACUCUAGCUCCCCCGAUUUCCUCUCAUGAACGACUCCAAAUUCACAUUACACAUGACUUCUCGGGCUAUCCUUCGCUAGACCCAUUGAUUUACUCAGUUUUCUCCCGGGUAAUGUCCCAGGUUGAAGGAGGUGAUCUCCUGGUUAUCCAGCGCGGUCGAGAAGCCGCCCCCCGACGUGACUCUGAUGCCAACGCUGGACAGAUUUCUACUGCCGGCUGGAAUGAUGGCCCGUGGUGGCGGACCGUGUCUGUAGGAAAACCACGGUCCAUAUCAGCAAUCAAGGGUGCAGUGGCUGGUACAAAACUUGCCCGAGCAAGCGCAGAAGCAUACGCAACAGAAUACUUCUCUACCAGAGGCGGCAUCGAAGAAGCCACCAAACAAGCAUCCGAGAUAAUAUCCGAGUCAAAUCCUGUUCGCAGUAGUGACAUAUUCCUUGCCAUCCAGGCUAUUUCCCAACCUACACCAGCAGAUAUUUUCCAAGCAGGGCCUAGUGGAGAUUCAGAAAAGUCAACGGAUGGGAUAGUGGAGGUAAAUGAUAAUGUUGAGGAGGAAGUUUUCUUCGCAAUUUAUCUUCAUGAUCCUAUCCACAGUAUUGCUUUCCACUCCGUCACACAGGCCAUUCCGCAAAAGUGGAUUGACUGGCUUGAUGCCCCAGUCCCCGAUCCGAGCGCGCAUAACCCCAGUGAUCCUCUCCAUUCUAGUGUUCCAGAAGCAAUUGCUGAAGUUAUCGAGAGCGGCGGCGUUGAUCCUCGCGAGUGGGUUGCGGAAUGGAUAGAGGAAACACUUUCCCUUGGUGUUGGUGUCGUUGCACAGCGGUAUGUUGCGCGGAGAAUGGGUGUUGGCGAAGGGGGAGUGGCUCGAGGAAAGAUGAAGGCAGAGCAGGCGACUGCUGUGGAAAGCGGUGAAUGA